AUGGGCAAGAAGCGCGUUCUUAUCUCGUACGGUGUGGAUGUUGAUGCCGUUGCUGGAUGGCUCGGUUCUUAUGGAGGAGAAGAUAGCACCAGCGACAUCAGUCGAGGUAUCUUUGCGGGCACUGUUGGUACACAACGUCUUCUGAAACUUUUCGCAAAGUACGACAUCAAAACAACAUGGUUCAUUCCUGGACACAGUCUGGAUACAUUCCCAGAGGAUAUGGCUGCGGUUCGUGACGCUGGUCAUGAGAUUGGGCUGCACGGGUACAGCCAUGAGAACCCCAACGACAUGACUCUUGAGCAGCAACGGGAUGUACUUGACAAAACCUAUCGCCAAUUGACAGAGUUUGCUGGUAAGCCACCGAGAGGGAGUGUGGCACCCUGGUGGGAGACGAGUCAAGAAGGUGCGGAGCUGCUACUGUCGUAUGGAAUCGAAUAUGAUCACAGCAUGUCGCAUCACGAUUGCCAACCCUACUACCUGCGGACGGGUGAUACAUGGACAAAGAUCGACUACACUAAGAAGGCAGAGGAAUGGAUGAAACCACUGGUCGCCGGUCGUGAAACAGGUCUUGUAGAGAUCCCUGCAAAUUGGUAUUUGGAUGAUCUCCCACCCAUGCUGUUCAUCAAAUCAAGCCCAAAUUCGCAUGGGUUCGUCAAUCCAAGGGAUAUCGAGGAUCUAUGGAGGGAUCACUUCGACUACUUUUAUCGAGAGUACGACGAGUUCAUCUUUCCAAUCACAAUCCAUCCCGACGUGUCUGGUCGGCCGCAUGCGCUUCUAAUGCACGAGAGACUUCUCGAACACUUCAAGAAGCACGAUGGUGUGGAAUUUGUUACGAUGGAGCAGAUGGCGGAUGAGUUUAAGAGCAAGAAUCCUCCUCCCGCUGGGGCUAUGAUGCCAGCUGAGCCUGGGCUGAAGUUGAAAGAGGCGACAGGCAGCUCGUAG